CCCCUUCCCCGCAGCCCUGUCGAGAGGGACUUCGCCAUAAAACUUCACACGGAGAGCAUAGCCGCCCCAAGAGGGAACAUUUGCCCUCAGAUCGUUUGAUCGGUGUAGCAUUCGUAGUUCCUCUAGUGCAGGAGCUACAGAAGUAGGCGCCCUCGUCACGGACCAGCGGAAAGCUUCUCUCUCACGUGUACAGGCUGGCUGUACCGCCGUGGCACUUUGGUGGUCUCCGGCAGAUCGAGGACGAGCAGUCGGGAUCCCCCCACUUUCCCUUGUUGGCUCGAUGUCAUCUGCUGGUUUGGAAACCGAGGUUGGGAAUGUUGCUGGGGCAGCCAAGAACUGUGACUCAUGAAGUAGAUGACAUUCAGGUGAAGAAGGAGGAGGAGGAGGAGCAGGAGGAGGAAGAAGAAGAGGAGGAGCAGGAGCAAGAGGAUGGGCAAGCAGAGAGGGUCGAAUCAAUCCUCUGUGAAGCCCCAGACUCGUAUUUUGGAGAUGGUGCUAGCGGCGUCAACGAGACUCAGUCUGUGCAGUGUUCGGAUGACUCGCUUCAGGCGAGGCCAGGCAAGCGCAAGCUCGGGAGUAUGGCCAAGGCCCUCUGCCGGCACAGCGUCUGGACAGCAGCGGGCAGCCGGCAACCCAACCACACAGAGAGCCUCACAAGAACGUCAUCCAAGCGCCAACGGAAAACCUCCGCAUCAGAAACAACGGGCGGCGGGACGGCGGCAACACACACGACGUCAAGGCGUACGGCAGCCAGGUAUCAUGACCAGGGACAACGAUGCUGCCAGGAGCACGGCUGUACAACACAGCCAUCGUACGGUCAAGCCCACAGCAAGAAUGCACAGCUCUGCUCUCAACACUCUAAGCCAGGGAUGACGAACCUCACGAAGAAGAGGUGCGGCCAUGCAGGAUGCAUCAAGCAGCCUUCAUAUGGCAAAGACGGCAGCAAGAAGCGGGAGUUCUGCUCCCAGCACGCUCAACCGGGUAUGGUUGACGUCGUCAGCAAGAGGUGCUGCCAUCCAGGGUGCAUGACUCAACCGUCGUAUGGUAACGUCGGCAGCAAGCCGGACUUCUGCGCUCAACACGCGCAGCAGGGCAUGGUCCCUGUUCGUGGUAGAAGAUGCGGCCAUCCAAAGUGCGUGAAGCAGCCUUCUCAUGGCAGAGCCGGCAGCAGGAUAGCGGAGUUCUGCUCUCAACACGCGCAGCAGGGUAUGGUCCUUGCUCAUGGUAGAAGGUGUGGCCAUCCAGAGUGCACCACGCAGCCUUCAUAUGGCAGAGCCGGCAGCAAGAUAGCGGAAUUCUGCUCUCAGCACGCACAACAGGACAUGGUCCCUGUUUGUGGUAGAAGAUGCGGCCAUCCAGGGUGCACCACGCAGCCUUCAUAUGGUAAGGCCGGGAGCAAGAAGCGGGAGUUUUGCGCUCAACACGCGCAGCAGGGCAUGGUCCCUGUUUGUGGUAGAAGAUGCGGCCAUCCAGGGUGCACCACGCAGCCUUCAUAUGGUAACGCCGGCAGCAAGAUAGCGGAAUUCUGCUCUCAGCACGCGCAACAGGACAUGGUCCCUGUUCGUGGCAGAAGAUGCGGCCAUCCAGGGUGCACCACGCAGCCUUCAUAUGGUAACGCCGGCAGCAAGAUAGCGGAAUUCUGCUCUCAGCACGCGCAGCAGGACAUGGUCCCUGUUCGUGGUAGAAUAUGCGGCCAUCCAGGGUGCACCACGCAGCCUUCAUAUGGUAAGGCCGGGAGCAAGAAUCGGGAGUUUUGCGCUCAACACGCGCAGCAGGGCAUGGUCCCUGUUGGUGGUAGAAGAUGCGGCCAUCCAGGGUGCACCACGCAGCCUUCAUAUGGUAACGCCGGCAGCAAGAUAGCGGAAUUCUGCUCUCAGCACGCGCAGCAGGACAUGGUCCCUGUUCGUGGUAGAAUAUGCGGCCAUCCAGGGUGCACCACGCAGCCUUCAUAUGGUAACGCCGGCGGCAAGAAGCGGGAGUUUUGCUCUCAGCACGCGCAACCGUGCAUGGUUAGUGUCAUGCAGGCGAGGUGCGGUUAUCCAGGGUGCAUGACUCAGGCGUCGUAUGGCAGAGCCGGAAGCAAGAAGCGAGAGUUCUGUGCUCAACAUGCGCCCAUCUAGGGUACAUAAAACAGGCGACACAUGGAAAUGAAAGCAGCAAGUUGCUUUGGUUACCUUGCUUUUGUUAUGUUGCUUGUGUUACGUUGCGUUUGUUGCGUUGCUUGUGUUGCGUUGCGUUUGUUACGUUGAGUUGGUUUCGUUGCGUUUGUUACGUUGCUUUUGUUUCGUUGCUCGUGUUUUGUUGCGUUUGUUGCGUUGCUUUCGUUACGUUGCUUUUGUUACGUUGCUUUUGUUGCGUUGCUUUUGUUACGUUGCUUUUGUUACGUUGCGUUUGUUGCGUUGCUUUUGUUACGUUGCGUUUGUUACGUUGCUUUGGUUACGUUGCUUUUGUUACGUUGCAUUUGUUACGCUGCUUUGGUUACGUUGCUUUUGUUACGUUGCUUGUGUUACGUUACUUUGGUUACGUUGCUUUUGUUACGUUGCGUUUGUUACGUUGCUUUGGUGAACUGAGCUCUAUGGGGCUCAGGGUUUGUGUUGUAUUUGGCGUAUUGUUCUAACCCUGUUUCCCCUGGUGUACUGUCGGCAAUUGGUCAGCGCUCAUUGGACGUGCAAGCUCUGCUGAACGUCCGACACCCUCGUUUGUUUUGUUCCUGAGGCGUUUCCAGUGUUCUUAAUAAUUUUUCCACAUUUUCAGUGUGCCCUGGCGUUGCUCUUAGGCAGUCGACUCGCUGGUGGUUUGUUGCAAGCUAUUUAUGUAUGAACCCGCGUCAAACAAACUGGUGUUCAUAUGGAACGCUCUUUAUUCUUUGUUUCGUGUCUCAGGUUCUAGAAGAUCUUCAUGCGGUUUGGCUUGGAAUGCGUUGGGCGGAUUCUUUCCACCGAGAGUAUUGAUCGUCAGGGCGGCGCUAAGCGCUACCUCAAGCUGUGCUCCUUCGCGGAAGAAGGGGCAGGAGGUGGAGGA